AAGAUCCUUCCUCCAGCUGGGAUCAUCUGUUGGAGGAUCAGAGGAGCAAAGAUGCCGGCUGCUCUCCAGCUGACGUUCCUCCUCGGCUCCAUCAUCAGCCUCCUGGCUGUUAAAGCUGCGUUUGCUCAAAGUGAGAACCUCGGGGCAGCUCCGGUCUGUGCCGCUCCUUGUCCUCCUGGUUGGACGCAGUUUGGUUCUCGCUGUUUCAUCUUCUACUACGAGUCCAAGACAUGGGUCGAUGCAGAGAAAUUCUGCAUAUCUAUUGGCGGGAAUCUGGCGUCCAUCCACAGCUCAGAUGAAAACACCUUCCUCAGUACGAUGGUGGAAAGAGUGACGGGUAGAACUCACUUCACCUGGGUCGGCGGCUACGACGCCGUCAACGACAGUACCUGGCUGUGGAGCGACGGCUCAGAGUUUAAUUAUGAGAACUGGUAUCCGGACGAGCCAAACAACCACAGAGGAAACCCAGAACACUGUCUGGAAAUAAACCUGGGAGGAGAGCAGUGGAACGACAUGCCCUGCUCCUCCAGCAGGCCUUUUGUUUGCUCCAGGAACCUCUGA